UGUUUGUUUCUUUUUUUUUGUCGCCUGAACAACUGGAAGUGCUAACCUGUCGAGAUGGCUGACAGCAGGGAUAAAGCUACCGACCAAAUGAAGCUGUGGAAGGAGAGCAGAGGCGUGCAGAGGCCGGACACACUGACCACAGGCGCGGGCCAUCCUAUCGGAGACAAGCUCAACGAGCAGACUGCAGGACCCAGGGGCCCUCUGCUGGUUCAGGAUGUGGUCUUCACAGAUGAGAUGGCCCACUUUGACCGAGAACGAAUCCCGGAGAGAGUGGUGCAUGCCAAAGGGGCGGGGGCGUUUGGCUACUUUGAGGUGACUCAUGACAUCAGUCGCUACACCAAGGCUAAAGUGUUUGAACAUGUUGGCAAGACAACACCUAUUGCAAUCCGCUUCUCCACUGUGGCUGGUGAGUCAGGAUCAGCAGACACGGUGCGAGACCCCCGAGGCUUCGCUGUCAAGUUUUACACUGAGGAGGGCAACUGGGACCUGACUGGCAACAACACCCCCAUUUUCUUCAUCAGGGACGCCCUGCUGUUCCCGUCCUUCAUCCACUCCCAGAAGCGCAAUCCUCAGACUCACAUGAAAGACCCCGACAUGGUGUGGGACUUCUGGAGCCUGAGGCCUGAGAGUCUGCAUCAGGUGACUUUCUUGUUCAGUGAUCGAGGUUUGCCUGAUGGCUACCGUCACAUGAAUGGCUACGGCUCUCACACCUUCAAACUGGUGAACGCUGAUGAAGAGGGCUUCUACUGCAAGUUCCACUUCAAGACUGAUCAAGGAAUAAAGAAUCUGCCAGUGGAGAAGGCAGACCGCCUGGCCUCAACCAACCCAGAUUAUGCCAUUGGAGACUUGUUCAACGCCAUUGCCAAUGGAAACUACCCAUCCUGGACUUUUCACAUCCAGGUCAUGACCUUUGAGGAGGCAGAGAAGUUCCAGUUUAACCCCUUCGAUCUUACCAAGGUUUGGUCUCACAAAGAGUACCCUCUGAUCCCUGUGGGCAAACUGGUGCUCAAUAGGAACCCAAUGAACUACUUUGCUGAGGUGGAGCAGCUCGCCUUCGAUCCCAGCAACAUGCCACCAGGCGUCGAGGCCAGCCCAGACAAGAUGCUGCAGGGCCGCCUCUUCUCCUACCCAGACACGCAUCGACACCGGCUGGGAGCUAACUACCUGCAGCUCCCUGUCAACUGUCCAUUCAGGACCCGUGUGACCAACUACCAGCGCGAUGGUCCAAUGUGCAUGUUUGACAACCAAGGUGGAGCCCCAAACUACUAUCCCAACAGCUUCAGUGCUCCUGACACCCAGCCUCGGUUUGUGGAGUCCAAGUUCAAGGUGUCUCCAGAUGUGAGCCGUUACAACAGUGCAGAUGAGGACAAUGUCACACAGGUUCGGACCUUCUACACCGAGGUGUUGAAUGAGGAGGAGCGGGAGAGGCUUUGCAGUAACAUGGCUGGUGCCCUGAAAGGAGCCCAGCUCUUCAUCCAAAAGCGCAUGGUUGAGAACUUGAAGGCUGUCCAUCCAGACUAUGGAAACCAGGUUCAGAAUCUUCUCAACAAGUUCAAUAAUGAGGCCCAGCAGAACACACCCGUGCAUGUCUACAGCCGUCCAGGAGUCUCGGCCGUCGCCGCAUCCUCCAAGAUGUGAUGCCUUAAAUUUCCAGAAGGGGCAGCACCCUCAUGUAUCGCAGAGCAACUGCACUUCUUGAUUAACAACUGCUACUAAGAGUAACAAGAUUGGACUAAACAAUUAGUAUAAUGACGAGACUGAAACACCGACUUGUAAUGUGAGGGUUGUGUUUUUUCGUUUUUUUUUCAUUCAGUCCGUCCAAACAGUUGAUUUUCCUCAAAGCUUUCAGUAUUCAGCAGAUUCUUUAUCUCUGUUAUUUGUCUUGAUUGAACACUAAUUUAAAAAACAGAUGAAGUUGUUUAGUUGUUAUUUUUUUUUACAGACUGAAACAAAGACCACUAUGGCAACUAAUGUUCACUAGAUCGAGUACAGCAUGCCGAAAUGGAGGGCUUGCCUUUGACCAAAUAUGGCCUCAAUGCUAAUGUUUGUUUGUUUUUAAAUAUUUGUGUGAUUGGAGUUUCAAGUUCAACCUCAGCUUCUUCCAUGUACCAGGAUGAGUGAUUGUUUCUUAGGUUAUGUUUGUAUGUUGGAUUGAUUCAUCUCUCUCCAAAAAAAAAUCCAAAUCAGCUAUUCUGUUAGUCUUCUUUUAACAUUCACAUGUGAUUCAACGUGUGACAUAUUCAGCAUUAAUCUCCGAUCAGGUUGUAAAAUACAUUGAUUUUUUUAUGUAGUGUUGGCUCAUGCCUUUGCAAGAAGCAGUAUUUUUUUUUUCACUGCCGGCAAUCAUAAGCGUUGGCUUGUUUUCCUCACGAUUGACUGAACCUCAAAAAUCAUUGCAUUCUUCAUGAGAAGAACUUUCAAACUGAAAUUAUUUUUCACUUUGAUCUGGGGGUGUUUGUGGGUGCAUGCAUAUCCUGUCAGUAAUGCCGUUCACAAAAAGAACACAAUUACUUUCACUUCAUCAAAAAGUCGGUAGUGCCUUUUUGUACUAAAUAUAAAUAAAUUAACCUGAAACUCAAAAAUCAUUGAUUAACUUCUCUUUAGUGGAAAAGAGAAACAUUGUUGAUUUAUAUCGUGGUCUAUCAGUUAACGUAGGGUUAAUGUGGCUAAGUAGCAUUAAAAAAACAGAGACUACGUCCUCAUCCGAAUCAAAAAACACGACCACUAAUUCCCUCCUAUUCUGGUUUUCUUUCAGACUGACUAGAAAUGUAGUUUAGGGCUUUCAUGUUUGUCCAUUCUAUGCAGAGAAAAAGACCCUCGACUAAAUGCACAGUUUAUUGUGUCACUGUGUAAUAUACACUGUAUGACCUGUUGUGUGUUUGCUAACUCUUCAAAGUGUAAAAAAAUAUAUUUUAUAUGAAUGUUUAAGAUCAGAUUUGUAUUUAGUGCCUGUAUUAAAUCGAAGCUUAACAGCA